AUGGGCGGUGGCGGCGGUCCCCCACUGCAACAGCUCGCAUCUGUCGGUGGCGGCGGCGUACAGUCCCGUCAGAUGUACGGCCAACUGCGUCCGUCCGGCCAGCCUCCACCACCGCCUUCUGCCGAGGGACGGGUAAGAAUUCCCCCCCUCCACGUUCCCGUUGGCCGUUCUCGGUUGCAAUGUGAAAUGACCCUGUCUCAGUUUCCUGUCCAUAAGAACACAGACGUAAUCGCUAGGCCGCACUUUUUGGGUAGAGCUCUCUUGACCGGGUAUGUUCUAGGACUAGUCUCACUUGCGCUACGCACUGUUGACCGGAAGCUUAUGCGUGGUGCUGAAUGGUGA